AGUGGCGCCGCGUUCGGCAAGGCUGAAUAAAGUCAAUUGUGUACUUCGGAAAUUUAUGGUGAAAAUUAUCGAAAAAAACUAUGUUUAAUCAUCCAAAGGGCGUAAAAAUACAAAAAGUGCGGUUUGUUUCAUAACUAUCCAUCCGAUCGAGGUACCGUUUGUGACUAGAAUUUGUGCUUUUGGUUGCAAUUUGUUCAAAAGUCGAUUUAGUGACAGGGUGUAUCGAGUAGUUUUUAGGAAGUCCGACAGAGGAUUCGCGAAUAAACUCCAUAAAAUAUUAGCCAGGUUCUAUUUUUAAAAUAUGCUUGUGUAGAUUUGUGUUGUGUACUACUAAUAUAUGAAUGUCUCAGCACCGUGGGCUAUUUUUGAAAAUCUUCUGGUAAAAAUAACUAUCUUGUCCAUGGGCCCAAAAGAUAUCAUAUCAGGAGGAGCCAUUUUUUUCAUUCUACAUAUUUAAUAUUUCUCGCUUUUGAUCGGUGUUUUGGUGGUAGUUGGAUCCGAAUCCGAUUCCGUCUGAUUUUUGGACUGUAUAAAGAGUAUCACAUCAGUGGUUGUGAUGACAAUCUUCUGAAUAUUCCUACCGAGAUUCCUACCUAGUGUUUUUCUGUUGAAAAGUUAUGGCAGCAUUUGAUUGGAUACUCCAGGAAUAAUAAGUGUUUUGAGCUAUCGCCACGGUGGCGUCAGGGCCGGAGUUGGGGCCGGUGGCCGCCGACAAGGGGGCCGAUUGCUGGUGGUCCCCGCUGGCGGCCAUGGGCUGCUUCGGAAACAGGGACUCGGCGCAGGCGGGCUCCGAGGACAUCAGGACGCAGAAGAGGAUCAGCGACCAGAUCAACAGGCAGCUAGCCAAGGAGAAACAGCUUUAUAGAGCGACCCACCGCCUGUUGCUUUUGGGUGCCGGAGAGUCCGGCAAGUCCACCAUAGUCAAGCAGAUGCGCAUUCUGCACGUGAACGGGUUCAGCGAGAAAGAGAAGAAGCAGAAAAUCGAGGAUAUUAAGAAGAAUAUCAGAGAUGCCAUCAUCACCAUUUCCGGAGCGAUGUCUACGCUGAGCCCGCCUGUGGCUUUAGAAAAGCCAGAGAACCAAGCCAGAGUCGACUGGAUUCAGGACUGCGCUACCGGCCCCGAUUUCGACUAUCCCCCUGAGUUCUAUGACCACACCGAAGCUCUCUGGAAAGAUAGGGGAGUACAGGCCACUUUCGACAGAAGUAAUGAGUACCAAUUAAUAGACUGUGCUAAAUACUUCCUCGAUCAAGUCAGUAUAAUAAGACGGCCAGAUUAUACACCUUCCGAGCAGGACAUCCUGCGUUGUCGUGUCCUGACCAGUGGAAUUUUCGAGACGCUCUUCCAGGUGGACAAAGUCAAUUUUCAUAUGUUCGAUGUGGGCGGGCAACGGGACGAGAGGCGAAAGUGGAUCCAGUGCUUCAACGACGUGACGGCCAUCAUCUUCGUGACGGCGUGCAGCUCGUACAAUAUGGUGCUGCGCGAAGACCCGACGCAGAACAGGCUGCGCGAGAGCCUCGACCUCUUCAAGUCCAUAUGGAACAACAGAUGGCUGCGGACCAUAUCGGUCAUCUUGUUCCUCAACAAGCAGGAUCUGCUCGCCGAAAAAAUACUGGCAGGUAAAAGCAAGUUGGAAGACUAUUUUUCGGAAUUUACGAGGUAUCAAACCCCGAUGGAGGUGGCAAACGACGCCAAUGAACAUCCCGAAGUUUUUAGAGCUAAAUACUUUAUAAGAGACGAGUUUUUGCGCAUAAGUACGGCUUCCGGAGAAGGCAAGCACUACUGCUAUCCCCAUUUCACGUGCGCAGUCGACACCGAGAACAUCAAGAGAGUGUUCAACGAUUGCCGUGACAUUAUACAGCGCAUGCACCUCCGUCAGUACGAACUAUUAUAACCGCCCACCUCAUUUUAUAGCAUCUUUCUUGUCUCCAGCGCUUAUACAAAAAACGUUCGCUUCCUAUUUGUCAACU